AUGGCAUCUUCCGUGGCACAGAGAAGACCGGAGCUUGCUCGCAAACCAAAGAAGACCGCAGCAGAAAGGGCUGCAGAUCUGACUUCCCUCAAGAAAGCCGGCGCUUACGGAUACAGGUUGAAGCCGGAGAACGCACCUUUUGAACCAGAUGCUGUUGCCGAGAGCGGCAAAGAUGCUACCGAUGCAGCUGCCACCGCAUCUCAGGCCGACAAAGAUGCGGCAACGCUAUUGUACGAAACUGCCAAAGCUACACUUCCGAAACCAAGACCGAUCAUGAAGCGGGCAGAAAGAACGCGGACAAGUACCGGGCAGCUCCUGUUGGAUCUCGAGGGCGAGAUGUCGGACGAGCACGCAGGCAAUCGCAAUGAGUCCAUCUUCAACGGUGUGGGUGAUUCCAUCAUCCAAGCCUACGUUGAGCUGCUGAGAGUCCAAGCUCUUGCACCAUGCACACUCAAGGAGAAGGAGGCACGAUGGAGAACGUACGAGCAUAAGCUCGACGAGCCUGCUGAACGCCAGGAAGAAGUAAAAGGAGUGAGCAAGGACGACGUUGACGGGAGGGAGAAAAAAGACGACACGUCGCAGCCCGUUACUGUCGCACACGAGAAUGUGGAGGACGGAGGCGGCUCGAGUGCGGCUGGGGAUGGGGAUGUUAAUGAUGAGAUGGAAGCGCCAGCGCAAGCGUUACCGAACAGCAACCCAGACGCCGCAGCUGAAUCUGAGACGGGUAUGCCCAAGGACAGCGCUGUCGCAGAACCUGCAAGUGGGAAAGACGUCGCUACCAUUGAUCUUAAUGCCGAAGCCACCACAAGCGCGACGGAAGAGACUCUCCCCAACAAGCCAGAGAAGCAAGACCAAGGCACUGCGAAACAGCCUCCUGUCGUAGACGUGCUACAGGCUCUACAAGACCAUGCGAGCAAGAUGCUCGAGCGUAGAGCACGACAUCAGGGCCAGACAUGA